GUCACUUCUAAUUCCUCCACUGGAUCGACCGGGAGGACUCCGUAGCAGACGACUGAAUCAGGGGAGAAGUAGAAAGCUUUAGGGCCUGUGAGUUUUCUUGUAGGGUGGCUGAGAAAUAAUAUAGCUGUGCAAAAAUGUCUUCGGAUAAAGUUGAGUUUAGAAGGAGCGUGAAAACCGCGCCCGUGGUUUCCUCUCGGACCACGGUGAUCCAGAGAACCCCCGCCGGAUCCGGGAAUGUUAUGAACCGGAGCUCCACCAGUCGGCUUAGUAUGGGACCGGCCUUCUCCACCGGGGUCCUCGCUGGACUGUCCCACAAGGGGGUCAACGAUGUUAUCCAAACCAGGGACAAGGAAAAGAAGGAUAUGCAAGGGUUGAACGAGCGAUUUGCCAGCUAUAUUGAAAAAGUUAGAUUUCUUGAGGCCCAGAACAAGGCGUUGUUGGCUGAGAUAGAGAGACUAAAGAAACUUAAGGGAUUCGACGUCUCCGAAAUUAAAGAACUUUAUGAGCAAGAAAUCGCCGAAUCUAGAAAUGUUAUUGACGAAUUAUCAAAGGAAAAGGCAAAGUUUGAUUCCACUUUAGUAGGACUACAGGAUGCACUGGACGAUGAAAAAAGAGAACGCCUUGCAAGCGAGAAGGAGUGUGCCGAACUUAGGAACAAAUUGGAUCGCUUGAACGAUCAGAUCGGAGAGUACGAGGGAGAAAUCGCCACCCUGAGAGGAAGAAUCGGUGGUCUGGAGGAUGAAGUCAGCAAGCUGAGGGCCACCAACAAACGCCUGCAGGACGACAUCGCUCGUCUCAGAGCCGACUUGGAUGAAGAGACAAGAAAACGAAUUGAGGCUGAAAUCAAGGCACAGGCUGUUGAGGAAGAUCUCACAUUCAGACUCAACGUUGCCGAUGCGGAGAUCAAGGAGUUGCAGGCCCUGAUCGACAGAGACAAGGGUGUGGAGAUGAGAGACAUCUGGAAGGGAGAGAUGUCCAAGGCGGUCAACGAGCUACAGAAGGAGUACGACAACCAAAUCAACCAGAUCCGGCUGGACUGCGAGAGCAGGAUGGAGUCCCAGCUUAGAGAGCUGCAAGCCGGUGUCAACAGAGACAAUAUGGAGGCUCAACAGGCCAAGGAGGAAACCAGAAAACUCAAGAGCAGGAUGGGAGAUAUUGGACCACGUCUUGCCGAACUCGAGGCUGAGAAUGCCAAACUGCGCAACCAGAUCAUCGCCUUGGAAAGCGAGAUGUCCGACAUGCAGAGAGAGCACGACCGUGAGAACGACAAGAACGCCGAGAGGAUCGCCGGCCUGGAGAACAGCCUGGAGGAGGUCAUCCGGGAACUCCAGGUCCUCCAGGACGCCAAGCUGUCCCUGGAGCUGGAGAUCAGCUGCUACAGGAAGCUGCUCGAGACCGAGGAGAACAGCUUGAAAAAUAUUGUAGAAAAUUCAAGCGGUGCCAGGAGCAAGGGAGCCAACCAGUUGGCCGACAUUGUGCAGAAAAGCAGUUCUUCGUCCUCGUACAGUUACGGGUCACGCUACAACGAAGAGUCGUCAGGGCAACAGUACUCAAACACAAGCUUGUCCAGUACUGGUGGUAGUAACUAUGGACAACCAGAUCUGAGAUCCAGCGAGUCUACUGGUAAACUGACAGUACACAGAUCUUGCCGCGGAAACAUCGCCUUUUCUGACGCCGCCCCAGACGGCAGCCAAGUGGGCAUCGAAAAUAACACUUCCGGUGUCAAAGGAAAGGGCAGUCAGUCGCGCGAUAAGACGGUCAAUUUGAAAGGAUGGAAAAUUAGGCGCGAAAUUGGAGGCAAGACCAAAUGCACGUAUGAAUUUAAGAACGACCUCCAGCUCGGACCAGGACAGAAGAUCAAGCUGUUCAGUGGUGGCGCUGCAGACAUGAAGCAGUCGGACAGCGACAUCGUCUGCGACUUCUUCACCUGGCACGCCGGAGGCGGAAGUUACGUGUUAACUGACGAGUACAAUAACGAAAAGGCUUCCCUCAAAAUGACCAUCACAAACUAGGCACUUGAGGAGAGCUGAUUCUAUUAUGUGUUGUGUGAAUUCCAGCUUAUCGAAUUCUGCUUAUUUCGACUACAUUCCAUGAACAUUUUGUACGAAACUAACAUUUACAAUAAAACUGAACUUGGUUGUGAAAUUCCAUUGUUUUUGUUAAAUAUAUAAACUGGGUACCUAGAUAACGAGUUAAGACGGUUGUUAACAAAUUUUGAUAUAAUUUUUGUCGUUUCUACAGAUGUUUUUGUGUAAUUGGAAGUAUUAAUAUACUUGUUUGUGUUUGUGCUUCUUCCGUGCCUUUCACUUUACUGCUUCAGCCAUUGUUACAUAUAUAGUCAUAUCAUACAUGUUGUGCUUUUGCAAAGAUAUUUUUAUACAAUUAUUUUCCUCAGAUGCAGUGAUAUUAAUUAAAUAUUUCAUUUGAUAAUCAAAUGAGAAUUGUUUACGACCGAUGAUUUUAUUUUUGUGUUGUCAUUGGCAUCUACAAAAUGAUUUGAUGCGAAAUGGACCUUUACGCAGGUUCUUUGGUAUUUUGUUUUAUUCCAAAGAACUCUGCAUAAUAUACAUUGUCAUCGAAAUUUUAUUAUUCGCAUGAAAAAAUAAAAACCAAAAAAAUCAAGCUUCUAAAAACAUUUCAGUAGAAGCUCGAUGGUGAUUUGGAUAAUUACAAACUGUAGAGGUACUGGAGAGAAGUUAGAAGUAAAUUGAUGAUUGUUUUUGGGCAGCAUUAGGUUUUUUAUGUGUGUUCACAGAAAUGUGAGUUGUACAGUAGUUCUACGUGGUGCUUCACCCUCUAGCUUUCUUUUACAUUACUCUGUUUGAUGUAGCAUAAAUGAUAUAUUUUAUGCAUUGCACGAUUUUAAAUGUUCAUAAAUUAGAGAUUAUCAAUAAAUUUUCUUCGAAAUAAAAA